GGAAAAAGUCUACUUAACCCCCUGGCGUUUGAAGGGUGGGAUACUUAACCCCCCGACCUGGAAAACCAGGUGGCGCGCUCGUCCAGCCUGGCCCUAUGGCCCGCUUGUCAGUCCUCAUCGGCCCCAUGUCAAGUACCUACAGGUGGGUUUGGGUUGGAAGCUGGAGAGCCCGUCCAUCCUUCUGUUGUUCGACUGCCUAGCGCCCUCGGAGCCUCCGCACUUCCGCCUUCACCAUCUCCGAUGAGGCGAUCGAUGAGUACAUGAUCGGACGCUGCUCGUCUGAUCACUUUGCAUCAUGAGCGAGAGGUUGGAUCAUUUGUCAAUUAGGUUCCAUCAUAGUGGGGGAUUUGUGAUAAAUCAAGGGAAGCUUGAGUAUGUAGGAGGCAAAUGUGAUUUGUCAUAUGUGGAGUUGGACAAGGUUUCUCUUCCAGAGAUACAGGGCCACCUAGCAGAUCAUGUUGUCAGUAAGAACUUUAUGCGUUUACAUUGGUUGAAGCCAGGGGCAGAAUUGAGCAAUGGUCUUGUACUGCUAGUCGAUGAUGCAUCUUGCCUAACAAUGGUUAGUCACAUAACUGAUGCUGGUGUUGCAGAAAUUUAUGUUGAGGAAGUUGUUGUCUGUCUUCAAAUGGUUGAGCAACCUUCCAAAGAAUCACAAGGAGUCAGUCUAGGAGAUGCAGCAGAUUGUGGCAGGGGUAAGCAAAUUGUAGAAGAUGAAGAUGGUGGCAGCAGCAAGCAAAUUGAAGAUAAUAGGUUUGCUGAAUUUCCAGUAGAAGAUAAAGAGGAAGACACUGAAACUGAAUCAUUAGAUAAAGACUACUUCCAACCCAUUGAAGAUGACAGUUCAGGGGAAGAUGAUGAAGCAAUUGAUUUCAGAAAAUAUGCCAAUGAGGUGAAGAGGAAUAUCAGGGCUAAGAAGCUAGGACUACAAAGUGGAGGGAUUGGACACAUUAACCCUGCAGAAUUGGUAGAUGAAGUUCCGAACCUAGAUGACCCAGGGAGUCCAUAUCAUGACUCCAGUGAAGAGUAUUCAUAUGAAGAAAACAGUGAAGGUGAGUCUAAAAGGUGGCUGAGUCAAGAGAACAGGUAUGAUAGCAAAGCACCAGUUCUAAUGUUCUCACUUGGAAUGGCAUUCAGAUGCAGUAGACAGUUUAAAAAAGCUCUUGUGAAGUAUGGAUUGAAAGCACACAAGCACUUACACUUCCAGAAAGAUGAGAAGAAUAGGGUUAGGGCAAACUGUUCUUGGCCGGGAUGCAAAUGGUUAAUCUAUGGUUCCAAGACUACCAGAUCAGAUUGGUUUAAGGUUGUCACUUUUAUAGAUGAGCAUUCUUGCCCACCUAGGAGAGACAAUAGGUUAGUAACCUCCAACAUAAUUGCGAAGCAUUAUUUCAGUGAGAUUAAGGACAAUCCAACAUGGAAAGUUGAGUUGAUAAAGAAAGUUGUUCUAAAAGACCUUCUUGCAGAUGUGUCACUGUCCAAGUGCAAGAGGGCAAAGGCAUUGGUCCUGAAGGUUGCUCUGGACUCCAUGAAAGGAGAGUACAGCAAGGUGUAUGACUACCAGUUGGAGCUCUUGAGAAGUAACCCUAGCAGUACAGUUGUGGUGUAUCUGAAUCCAGAGUUUGAAGAUCAAGUAUUUGAAAGGUUCUAUGUGUGCUUUGAUGCAUGUAAGAAAGGAUUCCUUGUUGGAUGCAGGAAAGUGAUUGGUCUUGACGGUUGCUGGUUCAAGGGUUCAAACACUGGUCAGCUGCUUUGUGCCAUUGGGAGAGAUGCAAACAACCAGAUGUAUCCAAUUGCAUGGGCAGCUGUUGCAACUGAAACAUAUGAUUCAUGGUACUGGUUUCUAGGAUUACUUCAAAAAGAUCUGAACAUCAACAUUGGAGGUGAUGGUUGGGUUGUCAUAUCUGAUCAACAAAAGGUGCAUUCUAAAUCAUAA